UCCACAACCUCCCUACCUUGGCGUGCCUGCCCCAACGGAGCCAUCCAUCCUCCACGGCACGUGGUUGCGCACGACGCGCGGCCGUCGGCAUGAAGUGCUUGCUCCACCGUCGUUCGGUUCGAUCGUACACCAGCUCUGGCGAAUUUGAUUGGCUCAUGGCGAAUUAUCCGGAUGGUGCAUGCCAUUGGGCAAGUCUCCGGAUACGCGGGAUGCACACGACGGUGGUGGUGGCGGCGGCGGCGGCGGCCGUGUGCUCGGCGGCCUUGGUGUGGUACAAUCUUCGUGCGUCUGCUGCGAAGGCUGCAAAGGACGAACUCAAAGCAUUGGCCAAGAUUGAACGGGAGGGCCGUGUGCGGCUACAGAUUGCUCUCGGCGCAGCCCAAGAUCGUAUCAAGUUGCUGGAGGCGGCGAUGCCAUCCAAGGACACGAAAGCCGUUCCCCUCGUGACAUUUCCCACGAUCGGGGUCGUUUCGUCGCCGUACUCGACGCGGAAUGGCACGCCGCGCCAGCCGUCGUUGGUCGAGUCGUCGCUGGCCAAGCUCGUCCUUUACAAACACAUCCCGACCACGACCCUCGUCUCCCUCGCCGAGUUCUCCCAUGUGUGGGUGUUAUUCCACUUCCACCAAAACACAAACGUGCACAAGAGCAAGAUCAAAGGCACGAUCAAACCACCACGGCUCAACGGGCAGAGCGUCGGCGUACUGGCCACCCGAUCGCCGCAUCGACCAGCAGCUCUCGGUUUAUCUCUUGCCAAAGUUGUUGAAGUCAAUGUUGCCGAGGGGUACGUGCUCUUCCAAGGUCUAGACCUUGUCCAUGCGACACCCGUCGUCGACAUCAAGCCGUACGUCGCAUUCAGCGACGCUCCCGAUACAGCCGGACACUUUGCCCCGUCGUGGGUCGGAAAGGAACAUGCCGAAGCGGACGAGCCGCUUAAGAUAUCCCAAGUCGUGUUCGCGUCGUCGGAAGCCCAGGCAUCGCUGGAAAAGGCGUACGCGAUCUGCAAGUCGAAACGCGGCAAGAAGAGUGGCAUCUUGUUGUACCCGACGUUCGAUCGCUUUGCUGCGUUUGUCAAGGAAAACCUGAGCCUAGACAUGCGGAGCACCCGCGAACGCGCCGACCCCAAGUUCGACACGUACCGAGUCACGCUGUGCGACGUCAUGGUGCACUACAACGUCGUGGCAAACGACCAAGGGCCCCAAGUCGAGAUCGUCCGCGGCGAAGUCGUCACGGACGAGUGGCAACAGCCACUCAAUGCAACGGCGAUGCCCGAAGAAGACGAAGCUAGCGACGACUCCACAGGACCAGAGCAGCCAUAGAGACAGCAUCGGCGGCGCGUGGGUUUAUGUACUUCAUCGCGAUCGGAAUGCUCGAUGCGUUGUUGAAUGCAAGUGGGCUGCUGCCAUGAUGUGUUUGACGUGGGGCUGAGUGGCAACUGCG